GACUAUGUAAAAAUAUGUAAACUCUUAGUUUUUAGUCAUUUUAAUCGUUUAUUUUUAAUUUAACUUGUAAGAAAGUUUAGCUUGGCAUUUGACUCCAAAAGCAUAAUUGAAAGUAGCAGCUCUUUAAUUGUUUUGAGUACUUAAUUGUGAAUCGGGAAUUAGAAAAGUUCGCAUAACGAUAGAGUGCCAUCGGUCGGGAUGGAUCGUACAAGGAUAACGUUUUGUACGGACGUGGAUAAAUCCGUGAUUGUACACAAUUUUGAGAAACGCGGCUGGACGCAGGUCGGUCCGGAGGACGAUUGGAAUUUUUAUUGGGCCGUUACGCAAUCCUGCAGAAAUAUCUUCAGCGUUGAAACCGGAUACAGGAUGGACGACAAUCAAAUCAUCAAUCACUUUCCGAAUCACUACGAGCUCACGCGUAAGGAUCUGUUGGUGAAGAACAUCAAGCGAUACCGAAAAGACUUGGAGCGAGAUGGAGAUCCUUUGGCGCAACGUGCGGAAGGUCCCGGCAAAUAUUUGUAUCUCGAUUUCAUACCAGUCACCUUCGUCCUUCCCGCAGAUUACAACAUGUUCGUGGAGGAAUAUCGCAAGUCCCCGCAAAGCACCUGGAUCAUGAAACCGUGUGGUAAGUCGCAGGGCGCUGGUAUAUUCCUCAUCAAUAAGCUGAGCAAACUGAAGAAGUGGUCGCGCGAAGCAAAAACUCCGUUCAAUCCAAAUCUGACGAAGGAGUCGUACGUCAUAUCCCGAUACAUCGACAAUCCGCUGCUGAUCGGCAGCAAGAAAUUCGAUCUCCGACUGUAUGUCCUUAUUACAUCGUUCCAGCCGCUCAAAGCGUACCUCUUUAAAUUGGGAUUCUGUCGCUUCUGCACCGUCAAAUACGACACCAGCGUCCAGGAGCUUGACAACAUGUACGUGCAUCUGACGAAUGUGUCCGUGCAAAAGCAUGGCGACGAAUACAACAGCAAGCACGGCGGCAAGCUGAGUGUGCAGAAUCUACGCUUGUACCUGGAAAGCACGCGUGGGAAAGCAGUCACGGAGAAGUUGUUUGCCAAUAUCUCCUGGUGCAUCGUGCACUCGCUGAAGGCGGUGGCGCCAGUGAUGGCAAACGAUCGGCACUGCUUUGAGUGUUACGGCUACGACAUCAUCAUCGACAACAAGUUAAAGCCGUGGCUGAUCGAAGUGAAUGCCUCGCCGUCUCUUACAUCGACGACAGUAAACGACAGAAUCUUAAAGUACAAACUAAUCGACAAUAUUGUAUCAGUGGUCCUACCUCCAGAUGGUAUGCCCGAUGUGAAGUGGAACAAGUCACCUUCCCCGGAGGCUCUGGGAAACUUUGAGUUACUUUUGGACGAGGAACUGGCACCUCAAAGCGAGAGGGAGGGUUCGUCGAGCAAAUAUCGUGGUUCCUCCAUUAACAAGUGGAAGUAAAUCGUGAAUGUUCGUCAUAUUCUCUUCGGGGUGUGUAACUCGGUUGUACAAGUAUAUAAGAUAUUUAAAUAAAAUGCAUAAUCUCCUUGUACUUUAUUCAAUAUAAUAUUUUUAAUGCCAAAGCAUAGUAACGACAGAAUAAAGUUUUACAUUCUACAUGAAUUUUCGAAAGAAAACGAUUCGAAGAAAAAAUUUACAUUAACAAACAAUUUUAUUUCGUUCAUUGUACAAAUAUGCUACAGAUGACGCAAGAGACGCACGCACACACGCACAUGUGUGUAUGCGUAUGUGUGUGUCAGUUGCGAGAAUGCAAAAAUAACAUAGCAGUAAAAUUUUUCAGUCUUUUAUGCGUGUAAAACGAGAAUAAUACUUUAUCAAUACUCUCUUUUUUCUUUAAAGGCCGUUUCGAAAUCGCAGUGCGAGGUAAAAGUCCUUACAAUUCUUGUUAUAUUUUGUACAAAUGUAACGCGACCAUGCGUAUCGUACGUUUAUGGUUUAUGGCACAGUUUCCCGAAUACGACGAUUAUGUUUAAAAUGCGUGUACGCCGGACGAACAAACAGCAAAUGUGAAAUUCGAAAAUCAUCACCAUGAUUGAACUUCUGUCAUUCCGUCAUUUCCUUCUUUCAUAAAUUCUUUCUUAAAAAAAUUUAUGAAAGACGGAAAGAUAGGCAAGACAAAUUAUCUAUAAAAGUAAUAUAUGAUCUAUUAUGCUUAUAAGUAUAAUAAAGCUUUAUGUUUAUAUAGCAUAAUAAUACAUGAUAAUUGUCCAAAAAAAAAAGAGAAAUUUAGAUAUGAACGCCAAAGUAAAAAAUGCGAACAAACUCGAUGUUUGAUCUGAUUCACUGAAUGAAAGAAAGUUUGGCUGUGAAUUUAAUUUCGCAUUCGCUGCUCAUUCCGCGUACAGACGCCUUCACAGGAACUGUUUGUGUGCGUUAGUGAUACGCCGCUUCUUCGUCAACACGGUAUAUACAUUGUGCGGUGGACGACGUUUCUAUUACAAUAUGUGAACGUUGUACGCGUGUAAAAUGUACGCAUAAUCGAUUAUUACUAAAAUCUCUGAUUAAUCCUGCUUGUGUAUCUAACGUUAUAUCUAUAAUUUACAUGUGCGUAUGAUAUGUCGUCGAAUUUGUCGAUGCAAUCCGGGAGACAACGAUAACGCGAUCGAGGCGAAUGAAUAAAAUAUGAAUGCAAAUCAUAAAAGUGUCGUAUAAAAUGUUUUGAGAGGCAAAUACUACUGUUUUUUUGUUUUUUUUUUUUUCUAUCGCACCUGCCAGAAAACUUACACAGACACAAAUACUUUAUACAUAAAAAAGAUUACGUUUAGAGUAAAAAAACUGGCAGUGUUAAAAAUUUAGUAACAAAAUAUAUAUGAGAGAAGCAGCCUUUGGUAACUGCCAUGUCAAUUGAAUUAUAGAUAACAUGAACAUGCUCUAUUAACUAUAAUAAUAAUAAUACGAGAUAUACUAUGAUAUCACAAUUAAUAAACUACAGAUAAAUGCUCGUAUUAAAAAAAAAGAAAAAAAAAGAGUAUUCGCUUCAAAGCGAAUGUUUCUCCUUUACAAUUAUAGUCAUGUACACUUCAUCUUUUUAACGGAUGUAAUAUCAUGCGUACUUUCAUAGAAAUUAUGCUUAAAUUAGAUAUUUACAAAAACUACCGCGAUAAAACUAUCUCUUCUCUGUACAUUGCAAACUAUGAAAAUGUAAGUAAUAUAGGCACGGAUGGUAUGAUUAUUAUUAUUAUUAUAUAUGCAGGUAACUUACGCGAAUAAUAUUUCUCCUAUCAGUCUAAAAGUCUUGCUACUUCUUGCUUUUGAGCUUGAUAGUUGAACAAUAAUUGCUUUCUUUUCACGGUCUCAUAUUAAUACUGUAUAUAUUAUUGUAAUAUCAAAUAUUACAAUAAUAAAACAUUAUUACAUUAUUAAUAGAUUAAC